CGCCCAGCUCAGUCCCUCAGUCAGUCGGUCCCGAGUCUUUGUUCCGGACGCAGUGCACAACACCCGCAUCUCGCUCGAGUCAAUCUCGCAUCAACCACCAAACGGCGACUUCCAAAAUGGUCCGAGCAGAUGAUAGGUUGAAGGCUGAGAUGAAGGAGAUGGCGAGGUCUCCACUGCCGUACGCACACGCGUGUCCUAGGGCCGACAACAUUCGGAAGUGGGAUGGGGUCAUUGAAGGCCCCGUGGACUCACCCUACGAGGGGGGUAAAUUCAAUUUUACCAUGUACUUUUACUACGACUACCCAUUUUCCCCUCCAAAGGUAAUCUUUAAGACAAGGAUUUAUCAUUGCAAUUUCAAUAAACUUGGCAAUGUGUGCCUAGACACCUUGAAGUUGCCCGAGGACGGAGGGUCCUGGACAAGUGGCAUGACCAUUUCGAGUGUGCUAAUAAGCCUUCACCAGCUCAUAGGGGAAGCAAAUGAAGCUGAUCCUCUGACACUUUCAAUUGCGAAAGUAUUGAGAAAAAGUAGGGAUGAGAAAACAGACGAGCACGAUGCGAUUGCAAGGCUGUGGACAAAACGAUUUGCCAUGCCCGAACCUCACUCCUAAUUUAUCAUCAAGUACAUUAAAACGGUUUGAGUCCGGCAUCAGUUAAAAAUGGUUUUGAGUUACUGCACUGGUGUGCCUUCAUAAAUAAUGCA